GCGAAUGUACGAUUUUUGUGGGUCACUUUUUAGACACCUAAAUAGUGUAGUUAAAUGAGUUCUGCUGUUACAUCGGAUGAAUGCGUUUCGCGGAGAACGUUUCUACGCAGCAAACGCCUGUUGCUUUCUCUUUUUGUCUACUGAAUUAUUAUUUAAAUACCGUUACCAAGAAGAACCCAUUCUUCUGUCUGUUCUGGAAACCAUUUACAAAACUGUCCAGUACAUUUUUUUGUUGAGUUGAGCUGAUCAAAAAUGGAGGUCUUCGAUGGAGCUGACCGCGGGGAGAACGUUUUAGAUUUGUCUCGACUAAAUCUGGACAGUUUGAGUCUCGAUAAUCUUAGCGAGGAGCGACGGAAAGAAACCAAACAGCUGUACUUGACUUACAAUCGGCUGGCCGUACUCCCCGAGUCGGUCUGUCUUUUCGCAAAUCUCGAAUUUUUGGAUAUCAGCAACAACGGACUAUCAGUAAUCUGUGAAGACAUCGUUAGGUUAACCAAGCUAAAAACGCUCAUAGCAAAGAACAACCGCUUGGAUGAGUUUUCGCUGCCCAAGGAGUUCGGGUCUAUGCAGAUCGAGGUUUUAAACUUCAGUGGGAACAGAUUUGAAGAGCUGCCCACCCAGUGCCUGAAGUUACAGCGGCUGCAAUCGCUUUCUCUAGGGGGAAACAGACUCAAAACUAUUCCGGCAGAAAUAGAAAACGUAACGAGUCUAGAGCUGCUCUACCUGGGAGGUAACCUCAUCAGCGCCAUACCCCCUGAACUGGCUAACCUGCCGUGCCUCACUUACCUGGUGCUAUGUGACAAUCGUAUCCAGAGUGUCCCACCUCAGCUCACCAGACUGCACUCUCUGCGCUCCCUAAGUCUCCACAACAACCUGCUGACCUACCUGCCACGAGAGAUACUCAGCCUGGUUCACCUGCAGGAGCUUAGCCUCCGCGGCAACCCUUUGGUGGUGCGCUUUGUCAAAGAUAUGACCUAUGACCCGCCAUCCCUGCUGGAGCUGGCUGGGCGCACCAUCAAGUCCAGAAACCUGCCUUACUCUCCACAUGACCUGCCUGCCAACCUGGUCCACUACCUGGACCUCGCCAGCAAGUGUCCCAACCCUAAAUGUGCAGGUGUGUACUUUGACUCGUGCGUGCGGCAAAUCAAGUUUGUGGACUUCUGCGGGAAGUACCGGCUGCCACUCAUGCACUAUCUGUGCUCCCCAGAGUGCAGCUCUCCUUGCAGCUCCAACCCACAGAGCGACGCCGAUUCGGAGGACGAGAACAGUGUGUCCGCAGACAGACUGCAGAGGGUGCUGCUGGGAUAGGGUGGACGAGGAGGAGGGGCUUAGGUGCGUCCAGCCACAUUGGAGACUAUGGGAGAGGGGCUGUGGUCUCUUCUCACCACAGCAUUACUGCAACAACCCCAACCCACCCCCAUUCAGAGGCCAAGUAUUGCUCAGACCUGAAGACAUUAACUUUCUAAUGAGUUAUUCACAUAGUGCAAGUGAGCAAGUUUACUGCUGCCAAGUUCAUAAAAUACAGGGAAUGGGACGGUUGCUUUUUUUGUUUAAUGAAGAAUUUUAUUUUUCCUAAUGCAGUGGCAUCUCUUGAUUAUUUAUUGUUGUUCAUUUUCUAAUGUAACUUCAUCUUCUGGAAAAAGUAUAUGAAACUAGACAGAGCGAAGCAUAGCAUGUCUUCUGUGCAUGUAAGAUGGAAUCAACCAAUCACAAGUUUCAAAGUGCCUUUAACCCAAAAUGGGGGAAAUAUUUAUGCAAAUGGUGCUUAUUUUCCAUACCUAACUGAAGAUAUGUGUGUCCCCAUUUGCUUUGCAAUCUUUCAAUGCCAGUAUUAAAACUCUGGUAACCAAGGACACACCAUUAUAUGACUCAAUCAUGGAGAAAGCUUAUAGUGUCAUAGGAAGGGAGUUUUAUUAUAACUUUGGGGUCUAUUCUUUGAAACAUAAGCCUGGAUGUUGCUGGUGGGGCGAUUUAGAGGAGGUGUGGAAAAAAUUCUCUUGAAUUCGCUCUGAAGUCAACUAAGGGACAGGUAGGCCUGGUGGCUGGACACUUUCUCCUCCAGGUUACUGUGUAACUAGCCUACUGCUCACACACCACAGUCCAAAGGUCAACAGCAUAUACCAACAUCCUGUUGUUAUUUCUAAUUUUUGCUGUGGCACCUGCCAAUAUUUCUCCUGGUUCCUCUUGUGGGUUUCCUGUGUCCUCCUGGUUUCUGCAUUUUUCUCUUCAGACGUCUUUAAGACGGAACCAUGAAAACACUUUACAGGGAAAAAGAAACAUCACACACUUGCACCUUGACUGUUUUAGGUUUUAGCAAUGUUUACUGUAUUGAUUUUGCAUUUGUGAGUAAAAUUAUGCAAACCAUUUUAACAAUUUGUUGCCUUUAAACAAA